AGCAUGAGUAACAUCUAUGAGUCUGCAGAGGCCACGCUGGGCUUCAUCAGCUCCCCAUGCCUGGCCAAAGUGGAGCUGAGAGUGGCCUGCCGAGGGAUCUCGGACCGCGACGCUCUCUCCAAACCUGACCCUUGCGUGGUGCUGAAGAUGCAGUCGCACGGGCAGUGGUUUGAGGUGGACCGCACAGAGGUGAUUCGCAGUAGUAGCAUGCCAGUCUUCUCAAAGAUCUUGCUGGUGGAUUACUACUUUGAGGAGGUCCAGAGGCUCCGCUUUGAACUUCAUGACAUCAGCUCUGGCAACAAUGGCCUCCGCGACGCUGACUUCCUGGGAGCCAUGGAAUGCACCUUAGGACAGAUCGUCUCUCAGAGGAAACUGACCAAAGCUCUACUCAAACAGGGAAACACUUCUGGGAAGUCCUCCAUAACGGUGACAGCGGAGGAGUUGUCUGGUAAUGACGAUUACGUUGAACUCUCCUUCAGUGCUCGUAAGCUAGAUGACAAGGAUUUCUUCAGCAAGUCAGACCCUUUCUUGGAGAUUUUUAGAAUAAAUGAUGACGGGACAGAGUCGCUCGUACACAGAACUGAGACGAUCAUGAACAACCUGAGCCCAGUUUGGAAAUCAUUCAAAGUUUCCUUGAACACACUCUGCAGUGGUGACCAUGAUAGGGAGCUAAAGUGCACAGUCUGGGACUGGGACUCUAAUGGAAAACAUGACUUUAUUGGGGAGUUUCAGACCACCUUUAAGGAGACGAGAGCAGAGCAGGAGGGCAAACAGCUUCAGUGGGAGUGCAUCAACCCUAAAUACCAGAUGAAGAAGAAGAAUUACAGAAACUCUGGUGUUGUCAUUCUCAACCACUGCAAGAUCAUCAAAAUGUAUUCCUUCCUGGAAUACAUCAUGGGAGGCUGCCAAAUUCAGUUCACAGUGGCAAUAGACUUCACAGCAUCCAAUGGGGAUCCCAGAAACAGCUGCUCUCUCCACUACAUCCAUCCCUAUCAGCCCAACGAGUACCUCAAAGCGCUGGUGGCUGUAGGAGAGAUCUGCCAAGACUAUGACAGUGAUAAAAUGUUCCCUGCGUUUGGUUUUGGAGCACUGAUACCACCUGACUUCAAGGUGUCACAUGAUUUCGCCGUGAACUUUGAUGAGGACAAUCCUGAAUGUGCUGGGAUCCAAGGUGUGGUGGAGGCCUACCAAAAUUGCCUCCCUAAGAUCCAGCUCUAUGGGCCUACCAACAUCGCCCCAAUCAUCCAAAAAGUUGCUUCAUCUGCCUCCGAGGAAAUGCACACCAAAGAGGCCAUGGAAUACUUCAUUCUGCUGAUCCUGACAGACGGCGUCAUCACCGACAUGGCGGACACACGGGAGGCCAUCGUGCACGCGUCCCACCUGCCCAUGUCAGUCAUCAUCGUCGGCGUGGGCAACGCUGACUUCACAGACAUGCAGAUAUUGGACGGGGACGAUGGGAUCCUGCGUUCCCCAAAGGGAGAGCCUGUCCUCCGUGAUAUCGUCCAGUUUGUCCCCUUCAAGGACUUCAAACACGCCUCCCCAGCCGCACUGGCUAAGAGUGUUUUGGCGGAGGUCCCUAACCAAGUGGUGGAUUACUACAACGCAAAAGGCAUCAAACCCAAGUGUAUGUCAGACUAUGAGUCCACAAGAACCUUCAGCCCCUGA